AUGAGGAUGUGGACUGGGUGGGCUGUGCCUGCUGCUGGCUUGCAGCGUCCUUGGAUUUGGAUGAGCCAAGUGUGCUGUGGUGCUGGACCACUCUUCCUGACCCGAGUUGCCUCUGAACUGGAGGGGUCAACGGAGGCAGUGAAGAAAGUCGAGGCAGAGCGGCCCAUCCCUCGACCUCUGAGUAUAGGGAGGACCUUGGAAGCCGAAUCAGUGGAGGAGUCCCCUGGCUCAGUGAAUGCAGUCCUUGCUUAUCUUCUGGAGCUGAAGGAUUUUGGACCAGCAGGAGGGGCUCAGCAAGGAUGGGGAGGAGAGAUUGGAGUCACUGCUUUGCCUAUCCUUGGAUCCCCUGGGUCUUUGAGAGAGCCUGCUGGGGGA